CGCGUCUGCGCCCGCGUCUGUGCAGUGGGUUCGUGUGGCGCCCUGUGACGCCGGCCGGGCAGCAGCUUUUCUCCACAGCGAGCCGGGCGCUCGGUCGUGCUCGUCACCAUGAGCCGCAGUUACAACGAUGAGCUGCAAUUCCUGGAAAAGAUCAACAAGAACUGCUGGAGGAUCAAGAAGGCCUUCGUGCCUAAUAUGCAGGUUGAAGGGGUUUUCUAUGUGAAUGAUGCUCUAGAAAAAUUAAUGUUUGAGGAAUUAAGGAAUGCCUGUCGAGGAGGUGGUGUUGGUGGCUUCCUGCCAGCCAUGAAGCAGAUUGGUAAUGUGGCAGCCCUGCCUGGGAUUGUUCAUCGAUCCAUUGGGCUCCCUGAUGUCCACUCAGGCUAUGGGUUUGCCAUUGGGAAUAUGGCAGCCUUUGAUAUGAAUGACCCGGAAGCAGUGGUGUCCCCAGGUGGUGUCGGGUUUGACAUCAACUGCGGUGUCCGCCUGCUGAGAACCAACUUGGAUGAAAGUGAUGUCCAACCCGUGAAGGAACAACUGGCCCAAGCGAUGUUUGACCACAUUCCUGUUGGCGUGGGGUCCAAAGGGGUCAUUCCGAUGAAUGCCAAAGACCUGGAGGAGGCCUUGGAGAUGGGUGUGGACUGGUCCCUGAGAGAAGGCUAUGCCUGGGCCGAGGAUAAGGAGCACUGUGAGGAGUACGGGAGGAUGCUGCAGGCUGACCCCAACAAGGUCUCAGCGAGGGCCAAAAAGAGAGGCCUUCCUCAGUUGGGGACCCUGGGUGCAGGCAACCACUAUGCAGAAAUCCAGGUUGUGGACGAGAUCUUCAAUGAAUAUGCUGCAAAGAAAAUGGGCAUCGACCACAAGGGGCAGGUGUGCGUGAUGAUCCACAGCGGCAGCCGGGGCCUGGGCCACCAGGUCGCCACAGAUGCCCUGGUGGCCAUGGAAAAGGCCAUGAAAAGAGACAAGAUCAUAGUCAAUGACCGGCAGUUGGCUUGUGCUCGGAUUGCCUCCCCAGAGGGCCAGGACUACCUAAAGGGAAUGGCGGCUGCUGGCAACUACGCCUGGGUCAACCGCUCAUCCAUGACCUUCCUAACCCGCCAGGCUUUUGCCAAGGUCUUCAACACAACCCCAGACGACCUGGACCUGCAUGUGAUCUACGACGUUUCCCACAACAUUGCCAAAGUGGAGCAGCACGUGGUGGACGGGAAGGAGCGGACACUGCUGGUGCAUAGGAAGGGGUCCACUCGCGCUUUCCCUCCUCACCACCCACUCAUCGCUGUGGACUACCAGCUCACUGGACAGCCGGUGCUCAUUGGCGGCACCAUGGGAACCUGCAGUUACGUUCUCACUGGCACUGAACAGGGGAUGACGGAGACCUUUGGGACCACGUGUCACGGCGCGGGCCGUGCGUUGUCCCGAGCAAAAUCUCGCCGUAAUUUAGAUUUCCAGGAUGUCUUGGACAAAUUGGCAGAUAUGGGAAUUGCAAUCCGGGUUGCCUCACCAAAACUAGUUAUGGAAGAGGCUCCCGAGUCCUAUAAGAAUGUGACCGACGUGGUGAACACCUGCCAUGAUGCUGGAAUCAGCAAGAAGGCCAUUAAACUGAGGCCGAUCGCCGUCAUUAAAGGGUAGGGCCACCAGGGCUGUGGACCCCUGACCUCGGCCAGGGGAGCUGAGAGGCUCUUGGCACCACUGACCCGCAGCUUGGAGUGUGCAGCUGUGGCUGCCCCUGCUGAGUGGCUCCCUGCAGCCAGGUCAUAAAGCCAUCGUCCAGAGCCAUGCUGCCUCUGUUGGAAAGGGGAUGUGCUUCCUCUCACUUGUCUCAUGGAUUUUCCGGAAAAUCUUGGGAGGUGGGGGUGAAGAAACUGGCUUACUCAGCCAUGCAGCUCUGUAGUCCACAGAAUGAACUGUCCACCAAGUCCCUUUGACUCCUGGUAGAUGUCAGGAACAUUCUAUUAAACACGAAGGUUUGGCA